CAUACUACGCUACGAAAAAUGGCGGAACAUAGAACAAACAAGUCGUGACGUUGGACAGUUUGAUAUGUAGAAAGGAAGGAAAAAGCGGAAUUGAUGGCACCAAAACAAACAGAUAGAUAAUCGAUUAACAAUCUUUAAUUGGUAAAUUUACAAAUUAAUUGAAUGACAAUUGGGAUUUAUUCGUUUCUCAGAAUAUUUAUAUUUGUUAUCUGACAGUAGUAGGUUAAAUGGAUUUCUUCUCCACGUAGAUCAAUACGUACCCGUGCUAUGAAUGACCGAUAUAUAAUUUAAAAAAACCUCACUCCUUAUAAUGAUUUAUUAUGACAUUCUUUAUGAGAAAGUUGAGCAAUUUUCGAAUACUUUCAGUAUUUCUUACAUAUGCGAAUAGCAUAUUUAAAUACAUUCGACUCGUUGAUAUAUAGCAGCUACUUUCCUGAUUAAAGUGUAUACGCUUUCGUCUUAUAAGCUUUUUGUGUGUACUGCUCCCAUUCAAUUUGUUUUUUGAGAUUUUCAGAUGAAUAACUCGUAUUUAUUGACCUCUUUAAAUUCGUUAUUAAACUUAUAAAGCUAACAUUUCUAAAUAUAUUGAUUUAACGAUAAAACUAUAAACGUGAAAAGAGGAAAAAAUAGAUAAACUUUCAACAUUUAUUAUUUAUCACAAAUGGAAAGAAUAUAUAGGCAGAUAUAAAGUUUUUCCUAUUCGCAAACUCGAACAAACUAUAUAUACAGUAUAGCUAUAUAUUUAGAUGUAAAUAAUACAGAAAAAUAAAGAAAAAUACUCACCUGGAGUGUUUUUCUAGUAGUGAAUCAAUACUAAUUGUCCUCAAUAAUAUUAAUACCUUUUUUUUUUUAUUAAUUAACUAACUAAUUAAUUUAUUGUAGAAUGAUAAAGAGAUUUUCUUGUUUUGACAAAUAUGAACCACUUAUAUCUUGAAGAUACAAAAAAAAUCAUAAAAAAGCAAAUAUCUGUUAAAAAGAUGAGAAUUGUUUGUCUCUCUAUUUUCAUACUCUAUUGUAUAUUACUGUUCAGCGGCACAUCUGUCAAGAUUGUUUAAAUUGGUUGUAUUAAAUUUAAUUAGUUUACUUCCCUUAGCAACGUGGAAAAAUUCAAUAUUUCUAACAUGCUUUCUUUUCUGUCUGCCUUGCCCCUACCCUCCCCUCUUUCUCUUGAUCUGCCCCAGCUCUCUUAUUUUCCACCACCCCUUCUGUCUUGUAUUUUUCUUAAUUAUUUCGUAUAUAAUGAAUUAUUUAACGAUCCAAUUCGAUUUCCAUCUCAUUUGCUUGAAUAAAGUCGAGCGAACUAUGACAAAACAAAAAGAGGACAGAAGCCCGUCCUUAUCGAGCGUCACGUCAUCGAGCGUCCUGUUGAACAACGAUCAGUUAACACCUCGUAUUGACGUCGGUUUGGUAACGUCUGAUCAAAACGAUAUUCCUCUUAAUCAGUUAGUUCGUUCAAAAGCGAGCUUAGAUAAAAAUCAUUCUCGUCGUCGAUCAAAGAAAUUAAGAAAAAAGGCUUCAGUCAAACUUGACAGUUACAUAGACGAUCUAAAUUACUCAAAAGUCGUAAAGACACUACCUAAAACUAACAACACAGUGAAAGAAAGAGGAACUCAAACUCUUAACAAUACUCCAUCCGAGAGGAACAUCUUGGACAUAAGAGAUUAUUAUAAACAACUCGAUGAGGAAAAACGAAUAAAAGAGGAAGAAGAAGCCAAGUUAGCAAAAGAAGAAGAGCAAGAGCAAACUGAGAAAAACGAAAAAGAUAGCCAAUUAAAAGAAAUUAUUGAAAGUAUAGCCAACCACGAAAAAGGAGUAUGUAAAAUUGAGCUAGUGCACCAACUAUUAGGCUUAAAAUAUGAUGAUGGAUGUCUAAACAUAAAAGUUGAAUGUGCCUGCGAAACUUGUACUUAUAAAAUCGACGAAAUGCCGUCUAAAAUGGAUAAUAAAUGGACUCAAACCCGAAUAAAAACGAAUAAAAUCAUUCCAAUUUUAACCAAACAACAAAGACAUAUUAGAGCUAAUGAUCCUGUAUAUAAUGCUUCAUUUCGAUAUGCAAAUAAUCAUAUAUCCACAUCAAAGUACAACUUUUUAACUUUUAUACCGAAAAAUUUAUUUGAGCAGUUCCAGAGAUUGGCAAAUGCCUAUUUUCUUGCUCUUCUUAUCCUUCAGUUAAUUCCUCAAAUUUCAUCUCUCACUCCACUUACGACCAUUGUUCCUUUGGUGGCCGUGCUAACCGCAACGGCCAUCAAAGAUCUCUUAGACGACAUUAGACGUCAUAGAAGUGAUAGUCAAGUAAAUAAUAGGGAAUCAUAUGUACUGAGAAAUGGAGAAUUUGUUGAAGAAAGAUGGCACAAAGUGGUCGUUGGAGAUAUCAUCAAAAUGGAAAACAAUCAAUUUGUCGCUGCCGAUUUGUUUCUUCUAUCUUCUUCCGAAGAGUCAGAGUUGAUUUACAUCGAAACUGCCGAAUUGGAUGGGGAAACCAAUUUGAAAGUUCGACAAUGCAUUCCUGAUAUAUCCUGCUACAAAGAUGACCAAACAAAAUGGGGGAAUUUUAAUGGCGAAAUAACUUGUGAACCUCCAAAUAAUAACUUGAAUAAGUUUAAUGGCUAUUUAAGCUACAACAAUAGAAAGUUUCCAGUGUCCAAUGAUCAUAUGCUUCUAAGAGGGUGCGUCUUACGUAACACAUCAUGGUGUUACGGUAUGGUAGUCUAUGCCGGUAAAGAUUCAAAGCUGAUGAUGAAUAGCGGUCCGUCAAAAUUCAAAAGAACACACAUUGAUCGUUUAAUGAAUAUCCUAAUAGUUGGAAUAUUUUGCUUUCUUGCGUUGAUGUGCCUUAUAUGUACCGUGGCUUGUGGAGUAUGGGAGACAAUUAUUGGGUAUGAUUUCCAAAAAUAUCUUCCUUGGGAUAGUUAUGUUCCAGGAUCUAUUGCGAAAAGUGACAAAUCUGGGUCAAAGAAUGCAGGAGCGGCAGUCAUCGCUCUAUUAGUCUUUCUCUCUUACGUGAUCAUUUUAAAUACCGUAGUGCCUAUAUCGUUGUAUGUCAGUGUGGAAAUUAUUCGUUUCGUGCACUCACAAUGGAUCAAUUGGGAUAUAAAAUUAUACCAUGAAAAAACCAAUACUCCUGCAUUAGCGAGAACAACAACCCUUAACGAAGAAUUGGGGCAAAUAGAAUACAUAUUUUCCGAUAAGACGGGAACGCUAACUCAGAAUAUAAUGACUUUCAAUAAGUGUACCAUUAAUGGUGUUUCGUACGGACUACCAUAUGAUGAUGAUGGAAGACCUAUGGAAAAACCUAAGCUUGUAGAUUUUAAAAUCAAUAACAAAUAUGGCGAUACAAAUCUGGAAUUUUAUGAUCAUCGUUUGUUAUACAAGAUUAAGAGGGGCGACGAGAGUUGCCAACUAUUUUUUAAACUGUUAUCCCUUUGCCAUACUGUUAUGGCCGAAGAAGAAGAUGGUGAAAUUGAUUAUCAAGCUCAGUCACCUGACGAAGAGGCCUUAGUUAGUGCUGCUAAGAAUUUUGGUUUUGUCUUUAAGUCAAGAGAACCUCGACAAAUCGAAAUAGAAGUUGGGGGAGAAAUCGAAGUACAUAAGAUCCUUGCUAUAUUAGAUUUCAACAAUGUUCGUAAAAGAAUGUCUGUUAUUACGGAAAAGGAUGGACAAAUUAGAUUAUACUGUAAAGGAGCGGAUACAAUGAUUUUUCAACGACUUUCCCCGGAGUGCGAAGAACUAAAGACAAUCACAAUUGAACAUCUAGAUGAAUUCGCUGGGGAAGGACUGAGAACUCUCUGUUUGGCUUAUAAAGACAUCGAUAAGCCCACUUUCGAUGAAUGGAUGGAAAAGUUUGAUGAGGCUGCAUCAGCUUUAGAAAAUCGAGAAGAACUCCUCGACGAAGUUUACGAGGAAAUUGAGCAAAAUAUGACGCUUAUCGGAGCGUCUGCUAUUGAGGACAAGCUUCAAGACGGUGUUCCAGAAACGAUUGCCAAUUUAGCCCUUGCUGAUAUCAAGAUUUGGGUUUUGACAGGUGAUAAGCGUGAGACCGCAAUCAAUAUUGGCUACAGUUGUAAACUAUUAACGGACGAGAUGGCAGAUAUAUUUGUUAUUGAAGAAGAUGAUGAAAAUUUAGUGAGAGAGGGUCUCAAAUCGGCGUAUAACAAAAUAAAAAACUUUAAUAGUAAAACCAACCAAAAGCCUGGUCAAGAAGGAAAUCAUUUCACCAAUCCCCAAAUGAACAUUGGCGAUUCACAGGCUCAUGGAGGUUUCGCACUAGUCAUAACAGGAACAAGUUUAUAUUAUGCAUUACAAAAAAAUAUGGAAAAGUUGUUUUAUGAAACUGCUUCUUCAUGUAAAGCUGUUGUUUGCUGUCGAGUUACACCAGGUCAAAAAGCUUUGGUUGUAUCCCUUGUUAAGAAUUACAAAAAAACUAUUACACUUGCAAUAGGAGAUGGAGCUAAUGACGUUUCAAUGAUUCGAGAAGCCCAUAUCGGAGUGGGUAUAAGUGGACAAGAAGGAAUGCAAGCCGUCUUAGCAUCUGACUUCUCCUUGGCGCAGUUUCGUUUUCUAGAACGUUUGUUAUUGGUUCAUGGACGAUGGUCUUACUUGAGAAUGUGCAAAUUUAUGAAAUAUUUCUUUUACAAAAAUUUCGCAUUUACUUUAUGCCAUUUUUGGUUCGCCUUCUUUUGUGGAUUUUCUGCACAGACGUUAUUCGAUCCGUUUUUUAUCUCCUUCUACAACGUUCUCUACACAUCUUUUCCAGUUUUAGCAUUGGGGAUUUUUGAUCAGGAUGUAAACGAACGCUACUCUCUGCAAUAUCCGAAAUUGUACAAACCGGGACAUUUGGAUUUAUUAUUUAAUAAGAAAGUCUUCGCGCAAUCAGUUGGUGAAGGAGUACUUUCAUCUCUUGUACUUUUCUUUAUUCCAUACGGAGCUUUUCACGAUGCUAUUCGACCGAAUGGCCACGAUCUUGAUUCUCAUAAUGUGUUAGGUGUUGUCGUAGGCUCAAUUUUAAUUGUUGCCAUGACGAUACGAUGUGCUUUGGAUACUGCGUAUUGGACUGGGCUUAAUCAUUUUGUGAUCUGGGGAUCGAUUCUUUUCUAUUUUGGAUUUACUUUCCUAUUUUAUAUCGAUACCUGGGGAUAUUCUUACUUGGGAACAGCACGUCAAUUGAUGAGCACUGGUCUUUUCUGGUUAACUCUAUUGCUUACUGUGGUCAUUAUAAUACUGCCAGUAAUAGCUGAGCGGUUUUACUACAUCGACACCCGUCCGACAUUGACAGAUAAAAUUAGAUUGAAGCAGAAGAUUAGCAAGAGUAAGUCAGCAUCUAAAGAAUUGACCCGAAGUCAAUUCUUGAGACGUUCUAAUAAAACGCUGCGAAGAAGUGGCUAUGCAUUUGCCCACGAAGAAGGUUUUGGAAAACUUAUCACAUCCGGUGUAAUGAGACCAUCAACUGCGGGAUCUUUUAGAUCAAGAAAAAGCGCGAGACGGAGAACCUCAGUUGCCGUCAAUUAAGCGGUUUGUUGUAAGAAGAAUAUUGUUCUGUUAGAGGAAAAAUCUAAGAAAGUAAGCCAUGAAUAUAAUUUACUCAAUCUCUUUCCUCUCUCGAAUUUUUUCUCAAUAUUUUGGGAGAAUUGUACAAAUGCUAUAAAUAAUAAACUUAUUCAUUUGUUAAAAGAAAACAAUCUAAAAAAGUAAUUUAAGUGGGAGG